AUGGAUGGAGAUUUAGUGACUGGUUUCAAACCGACUCCGGGAUUAGUUCGCCUACUGUUCGGCACCAAUCAAGAAAUUCUGGGUCAAAAGUAUGAUAUCAAUGAUUUAGCCACCUAUCAAAGCAUUUUGCGGUACGUGUAUGGCGAUUCCGUGGAUCCGAGUGACAAAGACUUAGAUGGUCGAUUGAAAGUCUUUGCCAAACGUACGGUUGUGGAAUCGAGUGCAGAGGCGAAAGGUAAGAAACAAAGUCAAGAGGAAAUCAAGCAACAAUUAUCGGAAUCCAUUACCAAGCAAGAAGGCGCCCGCAAACGUGGAAAGGCCGACCAGGGUAUUAAUGCCAAUAUUGCGGACCUGGCGAAGAAACUGUCGGAAUCGGGAAAGGAAAAGGCAUCGACUCGCGCCAAACCGAAGCGCGCGACGGAACAUGAUGGGGAACAUGAGAUUGGUGACGCGCCACUCAGAGAACCAACUGCCAGUUCCUCGAAAAACCAAGGAGGUAUCCACGUCGUCCGAGGCCUCGGAGUCACCGGAAGGGGAUCACAAGUGAUUCCGUUCGGAAACAAUAAGUUUGAGCACCUGUCGGACGAGGAAGCCAUCAUGCUGAACAAAUUAUUCACAUCCGCCGGAGUCACGCCGUCCCCAUCGCAAGCGAAAGAGUUGGCUCGCACCAACGGCGGACGCGUUUUUGUGGAGUCGAUUAAGGAUUUGCGAGCGAAACUGAGUGUCUUGCUCGGUGAAGUUCAAGCGGGAAAUACGUCGGUCGAGGUCAAAAACGAUAUUGCGAACAUCGCCAAUUUCUUGAACAGCAGAAAAGUAUUGGCCAAGAAAAAGCUUGCGGAAAUCCUGGAGUUUAUUCAUAAUGCGGUGAUUCCGUAUUCCUGGACCAAUAUCAGUGCCGAGUUGGGGAACAAUACGUAUCAGUACAACAACGGCUCGACACUCCGGACCGUCACCAUGCCGGACGGAAUGUAUUCGUAUGAAGCGAUGGAUCAGUAUUUACGCGCCACCAUGGAUUCGAAUAGCGAUUACGACACGGAUGUGAAUGGGUUCCGAGUGUAUCAUAUUCGAUUCUACACCAACACGGUGUUGAAUAAAUUAUCGGUCGUGAUUGAUGGUGGAUAUUCGUUGAUUAUUCCGAAUACUCCGUUCAAAGUGACCACCGGACUAACUCCCGGAACAUACACGACGUCGGUCAGUUCGCAAACGUUACCGGUGAUCAAUACCGCGAAUCAAGUGUCGCUUCGAUGCUCCCUCGUCAGUAAUCCAUAUGCCAAUCCGGAUGAACUGUUUCGAUUUUCACCCGAUGUUCCACCGACCGACAUUAUUCAUUUGGAACCGGUCAAUCUACAAUGGACGCCGUGUAGCAAUGGAGGAUUCCGAGAGAUUUCGAUUUCGGUGCAUGACGAGAAUGGAAACCCCAUCACCUUGGUCGAUAAAAAGAUCAGUUACACUUUGAAAUUCCGAGUCCCGAUCAUCCCAGAAAAGCCGUGA